AUGGAAGGUAACGGCGGUAGAAGCGGUAGAAGAAACGACUCUAUCAGCAGUGUCAUGUCUCUGGGCGCUGACAACACCUCGCCCUCAUGGGCAGACGACNAAAAUGCACCUGCCGAUCAGAGAUCUUCACGUGCAGAGCAGAACCUCGAUCAUGAGGCAUCUGUGCACAUGCUAUCACAAUAUGCCCAUGAGGAGCCUUCAUAUAUGGAUGGCUCGAACACCUCUGAGACUGACCAAUCCGACAUGAUGAGCCCUCUGGAGAUGCGCCACGCUAUCUUUGAGUUGCUCGAUGAGCUCCCCGAGACCGCCACAGUUGACCUCGUCACCCCUUACCAGAGAGCCGCCAUGCUCNCCCCUGUCACCCAGGACUCACUCUGCGAGUUGGAUGUUGGACGCAUCAUCAACAACCCCAAGCUGCGCCACGAUGUCAACUUCGACCGCGAACUCCAUUUCAGACCCAACCUCGACGGAUCAAGAGGCAAGCAGAAGCUCAAGUCAGCUGACGAGUACUGGAAGGCCUUGUUGGCCGAGCUGGAGAUCUACAGAGCCGUCGGCUUCCGUCUCAUGACUAGCAGAAGCGCAGAGGAAUUGGAGUACUGGACUUGCAUGAUCAAGGCCAACCAGAUCAGACUGCCAGGAGUCUUCAGCACCAUCUACGAAAUUCUCAAGACUCUUGUGCCCGACCGUGACCAAGCCAUUGUUGCAGAAAGACUCGACGUCGAAAUGAUCAUGCAGCAGAUCUGCAAGGGCGUCUUCGAUCUUCUGGAUCUGGCCCAGUGGUUGGCCACCAUCUUGAAGGCACACUGCGCCCCUAUGAGAGAUGAAUGGAUUGACCAGAUGGUUGAACAGACCACCAAGGGCGUCCAGGAGGGCGAUCAGAAGGCUGUUGUUGUCGGACUCAGACAGACUCUGGCCAUUCUCGAGGCUAUGAAGCUGGAUGUCGCCAACCACCAGAUUAGACAUCUUCGCAGCCUCUUGAUCGACGACACUGUGAACUUUCAGCAGAAAUACCACGUCCACAAGAUCGCUGCAAACAAGUUCAAGGUCGAUGGCGCACGCAAUUGGUUCAAGGAAGAGCAGACUAUCCUCAGCGGCUGUAACCUCGCCCCAACCCCUCUGGAGACAUUCGCUUCGGCUGUCCUCCGCUCCUUGCUCUCUCCGAGCACUAUCCCCCACUUUCCCGACACAUUCCACCUCGACUACGAACGCCUCCGCCUUCUUCGCAGUGAUCUACACAACAUGAUCCAGAUGGAAAUGUGCUGCAACGCUUUCGAUGUUCUCAUCAAGGACAAGGCCGAUGAGAUUACUCGUGCUACUGGCAAGAAGACGCUCCAGGCCAACAUUACUGAUAUCAUCGGUGAUUCUCGCCUCUACCUUGAGAACCUCGAGAAUAUUUCUGCCGAGAUCGUUCGCCUCGUCCUCCAUCUGGAAGGUGCCAGUAUCGCCUUCGACUCCGACAUGAUGAGCAUUGUCGAGCACCACCUUCGCGCCGAGCUGCCCCUUGCUUCUUCUGCUUUCGGCAUUCAGCUUCAGAAAAUCCUCGACACUGAGCUUCCCAGAUUGUGCAACGCUGUCAACUCCAGCUCAAGACUUCCUCUUCUGGCUCUUCACGAUGUUAUGCUUCCUCCCAUCCAAUCUGCCGGCAAGCGUGCUCCUGCCAAGGCCAUCGCCGAACCACUCCUCGACGAGAUCCUCAAGCGCAUUACCCACCUCGCUGUGAUUCACUGGCACGUUUGGUCGCCCAUCGUCUACGACCCUCAGGUCGAGGCAGACUCGACUCCCCUUGGCUCGCCUGGCAACAACCCAGACACAUCUUCCAUGAACACCACUGCUACCUCGCCUAGCUCGAUCGCCUCGACUCCCGAGAUGCAGAGCCAGGGCAGUGGCUUCACUCAUCCCUCUGGCCCUUCUAUUACCAAUGGUCGCUCCCAGAAGUAG